AUGGAUGCCGAACUAGAGCUUCCGGUUUCCUACGUUACCGGGCUGCUCGUAAUACUCGGUUUCAUCCUAACAUUUUUAUACUUUUACAUCAAAAGGCCGGGAACUGUUUCGGAGUUAGUUGAGGAAAACACAGUGGCGUCUGCCACAACUUUGCCUAAUGAAGAUGAACAAGAGAGGCGAUCACUGACAGCAAAGCAACGAAAGAAGCAAGAGUUAAAGGAAGCGAGACGCCGACAGCGUAUGCUGUUAGAUGAGGAACGCAAGGAAAAAGAAAAACUAAAACAAGAACGAGAAGAGAUAUAUGAAAAGCGCCGCGAAGAAAAAGAACGACAGCGCCAGGAAGAUGAAAUUAAAAGAGCAGAACUUGCCUAUGAGACGUACAAGGACAUUGUAUCAUCGUUCGUCGUGGAGAAGGAGGGUAACAUACAAGAACAGGAACGGAUUAGUGUGGAUGACUUCGUAAACUUCGUUAUACAGAAGAAAAUGACCAGCAUAGUGGAAUUAGCGGCGAAAUUUGAUAUGCACCACAAGGAUGUUGCUGAUCGUUUGAAUCAGCUUGAGGACCAAGGCCGUUUGUUUGGCCUUUUGGAUGAACGUGGACGGUACCUGUAUAUCUCGGAUUCAGAGUUGGACGCCUUGGACCGAUAUAUAAACAAAGGGGGAAGAAUACACAAAUAUGUUGGUUUAACGCCGUUUUGCAACGCUACAAUUGCUAUUGAUCAAACAAAGUAA